UAAAGCAUAUAUACAUAUCGAUAUUUUUAACCUUAUUUGUAUAUCGUCACAUUUCAUAUGUAUCACGUCCUCAUUGGCGAUGUAGACGCUCCUAUAGUCUGUAGAAGAUCCAGACUUUAUACAUAUACUCAAAUGUCAGAACCGGAAGAAUCACAACCAGAUGUUCAAACUUCAAAAUUGUUCUCUAGUAUGGGGUCCCACAUGGGGGUGGCAAUUCUUGGCCCUACCCGCCACCACGACCAUCUAUUAGAAUUUGGUUGGAGCCUUGUUGGUCCAAGCUGACAUAUCCACUUGGUUUUCCCAAAAAAAAAAUAAAAUAAAGCUAGGAGUAGGACUGUAGGAUAAUGCAACCCAGCCAGAAUUUGAUCAGACUUCCAGCUUGGAUUGUCAUUCCCUUCUGGUUCUGGGCAGUAGUUACUGUCUAUAACUUCCGGCAUUGACCGUUCACUUUCGCUUCAAUCUCCGGGUGCUCAACUGCCUAGAUUGUCAUUGUUUAUUCUGUUUAGUCAUUCUUCACCUCUCCAAAGUCAGUCUCACAGUAAAGAACACUCCACACUCCGACGCUCCUUACAAAAAGUGGGGUGAGUUACUACCUUUUCCUAGGCCCCAUCUCCCUUUUCAGAAAGCAAGAAAAAGGCCUCCAAAAUCUAAAUUUAAUCCUUAGAAAAAGGGUCAGGUAACCAAAUCCAGUGCAACCCAGCUCACCUCCGUGACAUAUGUCAUACGAGAGAGAGAGAAACAGAGAACCAAUCUAAAGUUUCCCUUUGAUUUUCCUUUAUCUGUCAACGGCGCAAAUCAAGCCAAAACGAACCCACAACCACAAGAAAGCCUUUUGCUGAUGAUCAACAAUUCAGAAUGAUCUGAUGAUUCAGUUACUCGGGAUCCAAGGCACCCACCACCACUCCUCCCCUAAUCCAAGAAAACAACCCACAAAACCAAAAUAUCGACAAGAGCAAACCACUUGCACAUAACACGACUCCCACAUCUCAAUCUCACUCUCUCAAGUCUCAAACACCAACCUCUCUCUUUCAGAAUCCAUGAUGAAAAAUCCAAAAGCAGACAACCCACCACCACCCAACCUAAGACAUCCCCUGAGUUCAAACUCAUCCUUCUGAACUCUAAACUUGAAACUCCCCCUCCCCAAAACCCUUUCAAGCUAUAGUCUGUGAAUAGAAGUAACAAACAAAAAUCAUGAUUCCUUCUUGCUUCAGCAACCCAGACAUUCUCGCCCUCAACACCCAGGUACCACAAAACCUGAUAACUUGCGUAUACCAGACUCAACUCUUUAAUUCCCCUGCUUACCUAACGCUAAUCUGGUCAAAAACUCUCUUUUCCCACUCUUUAACCAUCCAUGCCUCUGAUUCAUUCUCCAUCACUAUUUCUCUCUACCCAUCAACCUUCUCAUUCUUCCGAAAUCGACCUGGUUCAAAAUCCAUCUCCCUCAACCGCCAUCGCCACCACUGCCACGGAGUUAAGCUCUACUGGGACUUCACUCGUGCUGUGUACUCCCAGAAUUCGGCUGAGCCCGAUUCAGGGUUUUACAUUGCCAUUGCCUGCAACUCUCGUAUUGAAUUCUUCCUGGGCGACCUCCGAGACGAUGCACUGCACCGCACUGGAGCUGUCCGGGUGUGUCCAUCAGCGGAGCCUGCAUUGCUGUCCCGUCGUGAGCACGUGUUUGGGCAUCGGAGUUACACUACUACAGCUCAGUUUUCAGAGUCGAAACAUGAAAUCGGGAUCGAAUGCGCUGGUGGAGUGUUGAGAGUGAAAGUGGAUGGUAAGAUAAGCCUGGUUGUAAAGAGAUUGGCCUGGAAAUUCAGAGGGAACGAGCGCAUUGUGGUUGGCGGGUCGGAAGUGGAAUUCUAUUGGGAUGUUUUUAAUUGGGUAACCGAGUCUGGAAGAGAUGGUGGUGGGCAUGGAGUGUUUCUGUUUCAGGUGGGAGAUGGCGGUGUGUUGCCGGAAAUGAUAGGUCCAGAGAAGAGAUUGAUGAAGAAAAGCUUGCCAUCUUCCUCCUCGUCUAUGAUCUCAUUAUCACCUUCUCCGUCGUGUUCAAGCGUCUUACAGUGGGCAGAAGAGAGCAGUGAUGGAGGAAGGAGUUCUUGUUCUUCAUCCACAAGAUCUAGUGGGAGUGGAGGUUUCUCCCUGCUCUUGUACGCAUGGAGGAGUGAUUAAGGUUUGAAUCCGACCACAUGCGGUUUGUCAAUUAUCUUACUCAAGUUUUGAAUUCAAGGAGGAUUUCUACUACUCUAUCUAUGUACAUUCAUUCAGCUUUCUACUCUCAAUUCAGUGUCAGUUGUUCUGUGACAUUACUCAAAGUGAACUUCUCUUUAUUCCCUGUUUCC